UGACUAGUUUGUGUUGGCACUUCUGAUGUUAUGUCAUACUUGUCAUUUAUCACUCGAAGAAAAAUUGCAAAAUUCGAUUCAAAAACUAGUUUUUAGUGUAGUUAGUGCCAUUAGAAGAUGAUUUUGAGUAAAUUGCGUCCACUUUUGGCGCAAAAAGCGCAAGUGUUUGGGCGUCCGAUGUCGGAGCACCGAGUGUUUCCCAUACAACCAUCACGUUGGCAAUGGAACAAAUUCAAAGAUUUGUUCCACUAUUAUAUAAUGUUGGGGGUUAUACCAUUGGGGCUUGUCACUCUCUAUGCCAAUGUUUUUAUCGGUCCGGCGACUCUGAGUGAGAUACCUGAGGGGUACACACCGAAAUAUUGGGAAUAUUAUAAGAGUCCAAUAACUCGGUUUUUGGCUCGGUACAUAAUGACAAGUCCGCAACAAGAUUACGAGAAAUACUUGUGUUAUUUAUUCAUGGAAAAUGAGAAGCGCCAAUUACGAAAAUUAGAAAAACAAAUCAAGGAAAAAAUCGCUGAAAGACGUGAUUAUCAGGCCUAUUAUUAUCGUCCUGUUAUGGCGAAAUAUCACCGAGUUCAACGCGAAGCUUCCGAUUAUUUAGAAUCAAUUCGUGGGGAAUAAAUAAAAUUGUCGUAGUCGUCUGUGAAACAAUCGUUGCUAAGGUUAGUCAAUAAAUAAACAAAUAAUAAAUAAA